AUGCUCAAAACCUCACUCCAGACGCCCCUCCGCCUCACCACAACAUCCUUUUCGUCCCGCUCGUCGCUCGCCAAACCAGUAACUACACGCGUGUAUCUCGUUACACGGAGUUUCCAGAGUACUAGCCGCACUGCAUCGCUAUCGCAGGGUGUGACGAAGAUGGAAGGAUACAAGAAAGUCGGAAACAGAGAGGAUGCGCCGCCGAAACACGAAAUGGUGUAUUUCCCCGGUUUAAUGAGUGAGAAGCGGAGUUUUGGGGAUUUUAGAACGGUGUUGCAUACGGGGCUUUACAGCCAGAUUGUGGCAAUGGAAGUUCCCGUGAAUGGAGAGAUAGGUGAUGAAGUACACUUGGUUGAUCAGAUCUUACUCUUCACAUCUGGCCGGGGACUAGCGACUGUGGCGGGGAAAGAGCAAGAGGUAGCAGCGGGAGAUGUGGUUGUUGUGCCUGCGGGGACGCAGCAUCAGUUUGUGACGAAGGGGGAGCAGCCGCUGGAGCUUAUCACGGUGUAUUCGCCUGCAGAGCAUUUGCCGAGUAGUGUGCAUAAGAAUAAGGAGGAGGGGGAUAAGGCGGAGGAAGAGGGUGUGGAUGAGGCGCCUGCGUGGGCGUUGAGGGGGAAGGAGGAGAAUGAGAAGGAGGGGUUGGUUAAGGAGAGUGGGAAGUAUUAG